CACUUGACAUACGCAACGCCCGCCCGUAUGCGCCGCCCGGAUAAUACCCAAGCAACACUCACGCACUUUACCCUCUUUGGGAACAGACGUAUGAAUGUGUGUGCAAGAUAACAGCCCCGAGACAAGGUUAGUGUUUGUCUAUAGGUGGGCUUGGUGUUCCAAAGAGCCUGCAGUGGAUUUUUAUACAAGUGUUAUGGCUAUUCUCUCCAACAUUGCCUCCCUACUGGUCAAAGUCAGAACAGUUGUUAUCGUGGGACUUGGUGCUCUGUUAACAGCAGUACUUGCUACUGGAUUACGAGGGGACUGGUUACUUAUUUACGUCCAAGUGAAGGGACUUUGGCAGGGGGAUACGACAUGGAGACCAAUCUCCACUCAACACACGUCCUUCGACGUCGACAACUCAGCCGAUCAUGAUUUCGGAAGCCAUCGGAAAUACCUAAAGGGCUUAGGAUAUUACCUUCUUCAAUCUUUUACUGGGGCUUUCCUCAUCUUUUAUGGAGUUGGUGGAUACUUGAAAUGGUACUACUACAUACAACGCCGUGAGAGGGCAGCAGACUGGAAAUGCCAACCGGAUCGGUUUUUAAAACCGGAAGAUGACCGGUUGGAAUUUUGGUUGGGAUCUCUGAACAUGGCGAUUGGGUCUCUUUUAUCGGGAUUCCUAGUGACGUACAUUAUGAACGGAGGGGAAACAAAACUCUAUUACAGCAUCAAAGACUACGGAUGGGUCUACUUCAUGGCCUCCAUCCCAAUCACCUACCUCUACAACGAAGCAUCUUUUUACUAUUCUCAUCGUUUGAUGCAUUUCCCGGUCUUUUACCGUCGGUAUCACAAGCUUCAUCAUCGUUUCAAAGCCCCAACUCCCUGGUCAGCCGCUGCCAUGCAUCCAUAUGAAUUCAUUAUCUUCCAAUUUUUCCUCGAGAUACCGAUCGUACUGGUCCCGUUACACGCAGGAGUUUUUCUGUUCUGGUUGAUCUACGGAUAUUACUACGGCAUCCUUUCACACUCAGGGAUUGAUCUGCAUUCAAUGCUACCAUGGCAACCAAGCACUAUGUUCCACGACGAUCACCAUAAGUACUUCCAUUGUAAUUUUGGCGUGAAUACGAUGCUCUUCGAUAAGCUUCAUGGGACGAUCAGGAAAGACGACAGAUUUUACUCAGAAACGACCUUCGGAGGGAAGGGCGCCCCCAUCAAACGAACUCCAGAUACAGGAAUCAAGGAUUUAAAUAAUGACAAGUAGCUACACAUUGACGGAAAUCACUAGCGAAAACCACGUGGGAUAGAGCAAUAUUCAGCCACUUUUUGAGAAGGGUUGGCCUGUACAAAAAUCACCCUCUUUUCAAGAGAGUAAUCAUUUGAUUUACGUCAUAACAUUAUUGGUAUUAUGAUUCAGCUGUUAAAUUAAGUUAAACGAUGGAAAAAAUGCUUCGAUCGGCCAAA